AUGACGGAGAUAAGUUCGGACUGUCCGGCCGCCCUCCACAUUUCUGCCUUCGUUCUCCAACUCACCACGUCGCCGUCAACAUCACUUCCCGAGGAAUUGCUUACAAUUGAUGCGUGCAUUGCAUGCGUCCAUAUUCUUCGGCCAAUGAAACAGCUUCCCACACCUCCUGCUUCUCGUCAGAGCUCAGAAGUUCCAGAUACCGACCUCAAACAGCUUCACAUAGACGACCCCACGCCAGAUCUCUUGGAAUCCCUCGACGCGCUUCUUGAAAAGUACCUUCACCUUCUUGAUAAGCACCAGAGGCUGCAGCAUGUCCUAGCUUCGAAGCUCUCCUCGGGGUUUCUUUCCCUUGCGCACGCGAAUUAUACCUGUCCGCCAGGUCGACGGUAUGGCGCCGACUACUAUGAUGAACGGAUGAAAGCUUCAAGAAGAGUGAUAUUACGACCUCCCUCGUCCGCAGACAGAGAAGACUCUACUGCUGAAUUAGAGAGUCCACCGCCCAAUGGCGCGUCUUCUAAGGGGAUCUUUUCGAUUGAAUUCACACCAAGCAAUGACGAGGAAGAACAGCCUGACACAGAUGAGCCGUCAGGAACGGGUGAGAAGGCGCCGGAGAAGGCGCUGGAGCAGGAGCCUCUGAAGAAAGCAGGAGACAACAACGCUGCGGACACUACUGCAUCUCCCCAAGAUUCUUCGGAGGCUUCCGAGACGAAGACCGAAGCAGAUGCAGAUGCAGAUGCAGAUGCGAGGUCCGGGCUUGUUAGACGGAGACCACGUACCUUAGACCCAAUAAAGUGGUUUGGAAUACUGGUUCCUCCAUCACUUCGCAGUGCUCAGAAGUCUUUCACUGAAGCAGUUGAAGGCAGUCUGCCUGAACUAGCAGGUAUCGUGGUCGAGAUGCAGGCUGCAGAGAAGGAGAUUACUGAGCUGCGGAGGAGAAUGGGACGAGAAUAA